UAAAUUUAAUAAAAAUCAAAAAAAUAAAAGUUAAGUUUAAUAUAUUUUUUACGACACGUAAUAAUGAAAAAUGAAACGGAUUCGGAGGACAGCUCAGACGAGUUUUUUGACGCCGAGGAUACGACACCAAAUCGAUUGUCCACGCUUAGUCGCAGAUCGGUAAUUGAUGCAACACAAUUGCCCCAAGAAUUCCUAUAUCCCGAUCCAGCUGUGCGCAUCAAUGCUUCCUCAGACAGCGACGCCACACCCAUCGGAGCAGGAACUCCAGCCACCAGAAGUCCAACAAGUAGUUUAAGUGCACGCUGUCCUAAGCAAGAUGUUUUUAUCGAACCGAAACCUGUCCAUCACGGCACGGUAAGUCAAAAACUCCAAACAAAUAGUCCAAAUGGUAGAUCGAUUGCCUUGCCCAAUGUUGAGUGCUUAAUUUGAUUUGUUGUUAUUGCU